UUUUUCAAAAUGUCAAGGUCAUACAUUUUUAUGGUCGAGCUCACAAGUUUCACAAAAGGUUGUUUGAAUUUCUGUUUGUUAAGCCCUGAACACCAAAUUUGUCAGAAGUUUUUAAUCCUGAAUUAUCUAUGAGACCAGAAUAUGCAAUUUCUAGAAUCAGUCGGAAAUUUACGACCUCCUCGAAGACUUAAAUCAGCUACCAUAAGUACAUCUCGUUCAGAUAAAAAGCUUAAAGCUACUACUUAUCAAGAUCUACCACCACCUUCUAUAAGACUACGUUUAGAUGAGGCUAUUGAGAAUGCAAGGCGUAAUCAUCAGUCCAAUGUAUUUCCUAGUCGGGAUCCAAGUAUUUUAAAUAGAAGAUGGAGAAAAUCGACAACAUUAAUAACUUGCAAUGAUGCUGAUAACAGUAACUCAAAUAUUUCAGAAGAAUCUCAGAUGUCUCAAAUCCUACAUCCUAAUUUAACAAAACCAACUAUGAUUCAUAAACCCGAUAUAUCUUUACGAGGUGAAGAAAGUUUAGAAAAUUAUAUACGCGGAUGCGGUAGUCAAUGGUUUAAACAAAUUACCAAAGAAGAAUCUUUCAUAGAAUGUCAAAAAGAUUUACACAUCCGUUGUCCACGGGGAGAGGCAUUAGAUAAUUUACAUAAAGGACAAAAUGGUAUUGGUGUUAGCAUUCUACUGGAUUCUAAACAAAAUAACACGCCGAUCGACGAAUUACAUAAUCCAAUACGUUCACUACCAUCAAAUGAAGCUUAUACAAAUUGGCAACGUGAUAGAAUUAAAGAAGCUGGUUUAAUGGAACAAAUUCUAAAUCAAGGAUGGUCAUGUAAAAGUGGUCUUACAAAGAAGUCGGAUGGAAUACAAACUUAUCACAAACCGUCUAAUUAUUUCAAUAAUGACAUUGAUACAAUUGAUCAUUCAGGUGCACAAAUGGCUGAGAUUUUAGGUGAGAAACUUCCUUCUUCUUUGCGACUGAAAGACGUUAAUCUAAAAACUGCUCCUCGACGUGUUCCUCAAUUAGCAGCAGCAAAUGCCGCACGUGAAGGAGCAGGGAUGGCUGAACGAUUCGGUUUAAUUCAGCCUAAACAGUCGUAUCCUGGGGCGGAUAUGGAUAAAAUUGCAGAGGCAAUAUCAGAAGCCACAUUUUCUCUAGAUAUGCAACAGCCUGGAAAUGGGCCCCGCACCAAGUUUGAAGGAAUUGAAUAUGCUAAAAGAAAUCGUGGAACAUUGAAUAAUAGUAACUUGCACUCAAUGAAUCCUGAGUCCAUACCAAAGCAAACUCCACGAUUACGACCGGAAGCUCAAGAAAUAUAUGAGUCGAAUGACGGUCAAAUGUGUAAAUUACUUCUGACAAAUGAUAAAUUAAAGCAACAAAUACAAUGGAAUCCUAAAUUUUAUCCGAAUACUAAUGAUAUAAUCAGAAGAUCACGCGGUGGAGCAGCUAAAGAUUGUCUAAAUCCGCAUAAAACCAAAUGGUGUAGAAAAAUACGAAUGACACGAACAUCAUCAAUGCGAAGGAAACAUCUAAAUCAUUAAAACAAGAUUGUAUCUUUCAUUUGAAAUGCUUAUUAAUAUCAAUGUACAAUGAUUUAUUAAAAAAGUCGUGAUAUUUUGGUUACAAAUUGAUAUCUGUUAGAUAGUUAUUUGCCUCUUUAUAGUUUUUAUUUUAAGCUUUCUGAAGUGCCUAUCC